CCUUAAUCAAAUAAUGCCUAAGCAAUGAGCGAUGGUCGCCCCGUUAGUGGUCAAUUGAAGAAAUUUGUGUUUCGUGGUAAAUCUAUUAGUAACGGAGAUACCCGAGGUGACUAUCUGGAAAUAGUGAUACCAGAACUUUUGUCCGCUGGCUAUUCGUUCUACACGUGGCCAUCGGCUCCAUUAUUGGCGUGGUACUUGUGGAGUCAAAGAAAGCAUUUGCGCGGAUUAAGAGUAUUAGAACUCGGUUGUGGCACAGGCCUGCCGGGUAUUCUCGCGGCUAAGUGCGGAGCUCACGUGACACUCACGGAUAGCGUAGCACUACCGCGUUCCCUGCGACAUUUAUCAGGUUGUUGCGAAGCAAAUGGCUUAGUUCCAGGACGAGACGUACAAAUACUAGGUCUCGCGUGGGGUCUGUUUUUAGCCGACGUUCAUAAUUUACGUCCCGUCGAUCUGUUGCUAGCUUCAGACUGUUUUUAUGAACCGUCGCAGUUUGAAGAAGUAUUAUCUACCGUAGCUUAUUUGAUAGACGGAACUGACGCUAGAUUUUUGUGUGCUUACCAGGAGCGGAGCACCGACUGGUCCAUUGAGGCGCUUUUGAAGAAGUGGAACUUAAAGGGCGCGUUGAUCGACUUGGACGCUUUAAGUGAAAGUUCUGGCAUCGAUUACAGGAAAAUGGCUGAGGCACUGCCAGAAUAUCCUGAUUCAGAUUUUUCUGAUGAUGAACAGUCUCCUUUAGAUAUAUCAUUUAACAAAGCUUCUGACCAUGUUAGGAAAAUAACCACAAAACUUGACAAUAAUCAACUUCUUGAAUUGUAUGGAUUAUACAAACAAAGUACUGAGGGUACAUGCAAUACAGCAAGACCUAGUUGGUUUGAUGGGAAAGGCCGUAAAAAAUGGGAUGCUUGGAAGGCUCUAGGUGACCUGCCCAGUAUAGAAGCUAAACAAAAAUAUAUUGAAUUAGUGCAAACAUAUGAUCCAGAUUGUGAACUGCUUACUCAGGGCGGACCUAAGCAACAGUGGGCAGCUGUUUCGUCAUUACAACGGUCCCCUGAACCAGAAUUAGUACAUCAUGAGUUGACACUCCUUGAUGCUGCUAGGGAGGAUUUAGGCACCCUAGUAACAGAAAUUAUAACUAAUAACCCUGACAGUAUAAACGAAAGAGAUGAAGAUGGCCUUACAGCAUUGCACUGGGCAGCAGACAGAGGUGCAACCACCGCUUUAGAAGCAGCUAUAAAGGGAGGUUGUGAUGUGAAUGCUGUUGACAAUUCUGGACAAACUGCAUUGCACUAUGCUGCAUCAUGUGGCCAUGUUAAUGCUACCAAAAUGCUGAUGGAUGCAGGGGCAAAGUUACUGAAAGAUGAUGAAGACUGUUCACCACUAGAUCUAGCCACCGAUGAUGACAUCAAGGUUAUUCUGUGUGCUUAAGCAUUUGAUUUUAGUUUAUUUGUAGUUAUGGAUAAUAAAUGAUAAUUUUACGAUUA